AUGGGCUCAAUCGGAUCCGGAGUUGGGACUUUUUGGCCGGCGGAGGUCCUGUCCGGAGCGGAGAUCGAAGAGGAUCGCGACAUAGAUUUCGAGAUCGAAAACCAACCAGAGCCUCCCCCCAUUAGGGCCGACGUCACCACAGCCGAGCGAUCACACUCGGUCACCGGCACGGUGGAGGCGUCUGAGAUCGCAGGACUGGUAGGCGUCGAGGUUCCAACAUCUGAAGUUGGGUCGCAGAGGGCGAUCCGAGAAGCCCCGAUCCUGAAGCAGGAGGCGAUACCUGAUCUGGAUGGUCUGGAUUGGACAUCGUGUCAGAAGAUACGUAAGUGCGUGAAAAGGAACAAAGCACACAAGGUUGCACAGCCAGAUCAACACCGUAAGAUGAAUGAUGGUGCAGGGGACGGUUGUGGUAAAGCGGUCAUAAGUAAAUUUCUUUUGGAAUUUGGAUCGGCGAUCGCACGGGUCGCACGCUUCAGUUAA